UCCGCACUCCUGCUUGUCUUUAGUCCCCGUCACACUUCUGCUUGUCCGCUUCCACGCCCUCUAACCUUGACCGAUCCCUGUUGCCAAUUCUGCUCUCCACGCCCGGAGCAGUAGGCGCAGGCGAAGGCGAAGUGCAGACAGAGUAAUUUAGCGGACCAGAGAUCGUGAGAUGGAGAGAGCGAGCAAUAAGGCUUUACUGUAGCUCAGUGUAUCGGUCGCGUCGUUGCGAGGGUUUUGUUUUGUUUUUUUUCCGAUGUGUGUGUAUAUUCGAGGGUCUGUAAGUAGGGAGGGUGGCGAUCUAAGGCGAGGGAAGGGCGUUCAGCUGCUAGCUGAGACGCUUUUUGCAGUCGUUGGAUUUUUAUAACAUUAUUAUUCUGAUUGUUAUUACUACCUUUGCCGAUCGGGCUUCUUUUCGUUGGGCAUUCGCUCUGUGUGGUGUUUGGGAGGUGGAAGGUCGACUUGGAAUGCUUUUGGGAGUGUAGCGCUGUUUGAAUCGGUUUUGUAGUGUUUGUUAUUGUCUGUCUCGAUUUGUGGUUGUAGAAAGGGCUCCUGCGUGGUUCACGUGCAUUGCUGUCGAUACGUUUCAAUCAGUGAGGUGUAGGUUUCUUUGGCUACUCUCUCGCCGAGGGUUGUUCCAGAUCGGCCAGCCAUUUGGUUUUGAAUCUUCGGCAGGAUUUGCGUUCCACCAGCCGCACAGGUGCAAUCUCUUAAUACCUCGAUCCCAAGGGGAAAUCCCUUCACCCCCCGUGGGGAGAUGCCGAAGGGUAGUGGACUGCCGCUGUGUAUGUCGGGCGUUUGCAUUAUGACUCGAGUUCCAGACCAGAAGACUUCUCUCUGCUCUACUUCUUCUAGGUUUCCAAGUCUCUGUAGGGGCUCAUCUGCGACGAUGAACUUCGGCGUCCGUGCGGCACUUAACCUCAAUGCCACGGAGUCUCGUGGUGCAGCCUGUGAUGCAGAGGAUACAUCCCGUGAAAACUCAGCUGAACUGCUUUCGGGUAGCUGUGGUCUCGAAGCCAAUGUCCAUCAACGUCGUAAUGCCAUUGCUCGAAAGAUGGUUGAGUUGGAUCGACAAAGAGAAUCAUUGAGAAAGCGAAGGUUGGUACAGGGCCUGGGUUCCUUCCUAGAAGAGCAAGCUUUUAUGCUACUCCGCCAAUCGAGGUUAUCUCAAGAGGAUAAUCGAUCUUUAUGGCAGGAGCUUAUCUAUGCUGAGUUAUAUGCUAGCGAUUCUCGUAGGUUGGGUCAUUGUGGUGCAAGAGCUGCCUGAUGCGUACCUGCAUAUCAUUUAUGUACCUGUACAAACCUUAAGUUUAAUUUGUUCUUUGUCAACAAUAUUCGGUUACUGUUAGCGUAGAGGUGUUUGCUUCUUUGAUUAACUGCAAAUGGCGCAACGAUUAUUUUACCUGCAAUUCAGAACAGCCGCUAAGAUGCGGAUCCCCGAAGGGCUGUUACAACUUCAAUCA